AUGGAGAGUCCAGGACCCACAACUCUGAAACUUAAAGUGUUUUUGGUCGAUCGUGAAACUACGGUAGAUUUAGUGAAGGAACAGAAUAUUUUCGUGGAGACAAGUCAGGGUAGCUUUUUGCUGCGGACUACGUGGCAAAGCUCCGACGAAUGGAGUCUAUAA